AUGAUUCCCCAUUCAAUAUAAAAACAUAUAGAUUAAUCUCCCGAUAAAUAAAACUAUAAUAAUCAUAAACAUCAUGUUUUUAUAAUAACUGAUGCUGGCCGUCCUGUAUAUACCAGAUAUGGUGACGAAACUGAAUUGAGUAGUCUUAUAGCUACAAUGGGGGCAAUAUUAGAAAAAUACAAAAUAUAUUUUUUCAAAGACGGUAAUGCUGGAUUUUUUAAAUAUUUAAAUGAUUUCUAUAUUAACAGAUAUAGUAAAUAAAAAAUUACAAUAAAGACCCAAUUAUGA